AUGGCAGAGAAACUCAAUGCUCUUGCCAGCAUUAGAAGCGGUGGAAUGGACAAUGCCCAAGACCAUGAAGCCGAUCUUAACGCCAUCACUUCUAACCCAUUAUCCAUGGGAGAUGUGGCUGAGAACUUCACCACCGACCAAAAAUUCUAUAUCUUGAAGCGUCUUGGUUACAACCAUCUCAAUGAUCUUGAUGACUUGCCUCCAGAGGCGGUUUUUAUGUUGGAGAAGAUUGCAAGUUUGGACAUCAAUGAAGCUGUUGAGAUUCUCAAGGAGUCCGUUGAUGAAUUUGAUGGAGAUUUGAACGUCGAACAAGACACGUUUGAGCUCAUGGAACAUUUGCUUGCCUUUCACAAUGACGGCAGAGUCCCUACUACCAAGGAAAAGCUCAGUCAAAACUUUGAUAAAUCCGACUUGAAGCAAACAGAAUACUCUCUCGACGAGAGCUCCGACAACUUUUCAGAAGGAGGUGAAAUCUUUGACUGGGAGUUGCAGACCAAAACUGAGGCUGGUAUCAUUGGUUUUUGGUCUAUCUAUCCUGAGGUCAGAUCGGUUACACAGCCAUUCGAUGACCCAUCUAUCCCUUGCGAAACCUUUCGUGUCUAUUUCUUGGGUCUCAUCUGGACUAUCAUCGGGUCCUUUGUUAUUCAAUUCUUUUCCGAGAGACAGCCUAAAAUCACUUUAGAUACCUCCGUUGUCCAGCUUUUCCUCUUUCCAUGCGGAAAACUCAUGGAAUAUGUGCUCCCUGCUUGGGACAUCAAGAUCUGGAAAUGGAAAUUCAAUUUGAACCCUGGUCCAUGGAGCAACAAGGAGCAAAUGUUGGCUACCCUUUGUUAUUCUGUCAGUGUCGGUGCCAUCUAUGUCUCCUGGAAUUUACACAAUCUUAUGUUGGACAAUUACUAUGGUGUCAAAUGGGUCGAUUUCGGAUAUCAAGUCCUUUUGACCUUAGCAACUAAUUUUAUGGGCUUUGGUUUCGCUGGUCUUAUCAGAAAGUUUGUCAUUUACCCUGUCAACUGUAUCUGGCCUAGUAUCUUGCCAACGAUUGCACUUAACAGAGCGUUGUGUCAGCCAGAGAAGAAGAGUAAGAUCAACGGUUGGACCAUCUCCAGUUUUAUGUUCUUCAUGGCCACGUUCUGGGGCUCUUUCAUCUGGUUCUGGGUCCCAGACUAUUUGUUUACAGCGCUCAGUACCUUCAAUUGGCUCACUUGGAUUGCUCCUAACAAUUUCAACUUGGCUGUCGUUACAGGCUAUCAAAGCGGUUUGGGAAUCAAUCCAGUUCCCACUUUCGACUGGAACAUCUUGAAUUUCAACCUUCCAUUGAACAUUCCAUUCUUCAGUUAUAUCAACAAUUACAUCGGUAUGGUUAUCGCUAUGUUCUGUAUCGUUGGUGUUUGGUUUUCCAACUACAAGUGGACUGGGUACCUCCCAAUUAACUCAAACUCCUUGUUCACCAAUACUGGAGAACGGUACCACGUUACUGCUAUUUUGAAUGAGAACUCACUUCUCGAUGAAGAGAAGUACCAAAAGGUCGGUCCCCCAUUUUACUCGGCUGCGAAUCUUGUUGUUUAUGGAGCAUUCUUCGCUCUCUAUCCAUUCACAGUGUUCUAUACGUUUAUCAUGCACUUCAAGCAGAUCAAACACGCGGGUAAGGGCUUUGUAAAAAUGUUCAAGCUGUGGAAAACCUCAACCUACGAGGGCUUCAAUGAUCCAUUCAGCAGAUGCAUGACAAGAUACAAGGAGGUUCCGGAGUGGUGCUUCCUCGUCGUUUUGGUUAUUUCCGUGGUGCUUGCCAUUUUAGCUGCAAAGCUUUACCCAUCUGAUGCACCCGUGUGGACCAUUUUCUUCGCUUUGGGUAUUAAUUUCGUGUUCUUGGUCCCACUUUGUAUCAUUUACGCAACCACAGGAAGCUCUUUUGGACUUAAUGUGCUUGUCGAACUUAUUGUUGGUUAUGCUAUGCCAGGUAAUGGUUUGGGUUUGAACUUCGUGAAGGCUUUGGGUUACGUCAUUGAUGGACAGGCUGAAAACUACGUCGGCAACCAAAAGCAAGCUCAUUACUUGAAAAUUGCUCCAAGAGCGCUUUUCCGUAUUCAAAUGAUUUCGGUGUUUGUUCACUGUUUUGUCGCUUUGGGAACGUUCAACUUGCAAAUUAAAACCAUUGAAAAUUACUGCAGUCCCAAGCAGGCCCAAAAGUUCACCUGUCCUUCGGCUACCACAUUUUACUCUGCUUCUGUGUUGUGGGGUGUUAUUGGUCCAAAGAAGGUUUUUGGUGGCCUUUAUCCAGUAUUGCAGUGGUGCUUCCUCAUUGGUUUCUUGUUGGUUUUCCCAUGCGUCUUGCUUAAAAAGUACUUCAAAAAUUACAAGGUUGUCAGGUACUUCCAUCCAGUUCUUAUUAUCAUGGGUUUCCUCCAAUGGGCUCCUUACAACUUAUCCUACUUCACUGGCGGAUUGUACUUGUCCAUUGCCUUCAUGUACUACCUCAGAAAUAAGAAACAGGCAUGGUGGACCAAGUAUAACUAUAUUCUUUCCGGUGGUUUGAGUGGUGGUGUUGCCUUUUCCGGUAUUAUUAUUUUCUUUGCUGUGCAAUACCACCCCAAGUACAUUGACUGGUGGGGAAACAAUGUCAACGACCUGGGUCUUGAUGCUAUCGGACCUUCAAGAUUGAAUGUCACCUUGGAUGCACCAGAUGGUUACUUUGGCCCAAGAAUUGGCAAUUUCCCAUAA